AUGUCUGGCGCUCCAAAUAUGGCAAAGACCGCAUGCUCCCGGUUAUACUUGGAGGAGAAGUCCGAUCUACUGAUCAAACUGGACAGUCUCUUUGACGCAUUUUGGCAAAAGUUGCAGCUCAGGAGCCUCCUGCUUGCUACAAAGGAUCAGCCACCAUACCUACCUGUCCAGCCAUCUCGAAGACCCAGUAACCAACAAAAGGCUAUAGGUCCUAUGGCGACCCGCAUAUGGCGGCGUAGACCACACAGACACUGCGUGAGAAAAGUUGCACGCAGGCAUCAGCUGACAAGGGGCAAAUGCACACCAGGUUGGGGCACUCCCAUACAGACUGACAAGCGGAAUGCUACUCGACAUCUGACCUAUCACAGGCUUGCAACUCUGGGCCUGAUGAUUAGCAAGGUUGGAGGGGACUGUACCAUGCCCACAGUGGGAAUAGGCUGA